AUGGCAAAGAUUACAGAAAAACUCCUGCUAGAAAAAGGCAUCCCUAAAGCCAGAAGGCUGGAAGACAUAAGAACGCUGACUCUCUCCCGCAUGGGUUUAAGCAGCAAAGACCUGCCUGUGUCUCUGCUGUCUCGGCUGCGUAGCCUGGAAGAGCUUGACCUCUCUGGGAACCGGCUGCAGCAACUGCCACCAGGCUUGUGUCUACCGUCUCUGCGCAUACUCAACUGCUCUGACAAUGAAAUGGAGGACGUUACCUCUCUGGAACCUCUGUCUGCCCUGGAGGACUUGCGUCUGGACGACAAUGUCUAUCUCACGGUCAGUGACGAAUACAAGGUGAUGUUCCUCUUGUCAAACCUGAAGGUUUUCAAUGGCAAAGUCAUCACCUCCUCAGCCAACCACAUACGUUAUGUGGCCACUGAGAAUCUCCAGAAACGGGUGGUAGCUUUGUGGGAGGGCAGCUUCACCCUUCCGGAUCCCCUAACACCAGAGAAACUGAAGAAAGUGGAGAAGGAGUUUGUUGCUGCAGCGUGCAGUCAGAUCAAGUAUGGCCCCAAUUCCCUUAGUGACUACACCAAAUGGAGGUUGGAGUCGAUUGCAAAAAAGCACCUGCAGUCCCUGAUUGGGAGAGGAGAAGAGGAGCACAUGUUAGAAAAUUCUGAAGAUACCAAGAACAAUGCCAUACGAUCCUCUGCCAAGAGAGCAGUCCCGGACACGGAUGCCGGACGAGCAAACGGCAGCCCCCAGAAGAGGGCCAGAAUGGUUGGCACAGCCCCUGCUGAAGCUAGUCCCCGAAAAUCAACGCGACAGCUCAGCACCCCUGUGAAGGUGGAGCAGCACCCCAGCAGCCCCAGGAAGGGAGGACAGGCUGUGGGCAGCCCCAAUGGGAAACAGUCCAAAGCGGAGAGUGUGAGGAAGAGUCUCAGGGACACUCUCAAAGAAGUCCCUCCCCUGGAGAAACAGACCAGGACACCCAGCAAGGCCCCGUCCUCUGGGAAACAAACACGGACACCCACCAAGGCCGCUCCCCAUGAGAGGAAGGCAGUGAAUGGCACACCCCAGAAAAUAACCAGCUCAAAGUCCAAAGACCCCGUGUGUUUGCGCCCUCUCCAUGUGUUGCAGUGCCACAGCAAGCAGGACAGCCCCGAUGACUUCAGCACGCAGCUGUGGGCCUGCGCUUUCGAGCCCCCUCUGGACGCCCAUGACCCAGCUGGCCAGACGUCUCGCACCGUCGCCACCUGUGGGGGGGAAUCGGUCUGCAUAAUUGACUGUGAGACAGGACACGUGCUCAAAAAAUACAAGGUUUCCGGAGAGGAGUUCUUCUCUCUGGCCUGGUCCUCUAUCCCCAUGUCUCGAGAGGGGGGUGGGAUGCGAUGGUGCAGUAUUCUGGCUGCUGGAGGGAAGAAGGGGGUGGUGAAACUCAUCCACCCACGAGCCAACAUUGCGUAUGGACAGUUCCGGGCCAGCCGGCGGGCCAUUUCCACCUUGAAAUUUAGCCCCUCCCAGCAGAGCUUUCUCUUCACUGGGGCGUAUGACAACAAAGUUGUGAUGUGGGACAUCGGCGGAGUGGACAGUGACUACAAUUUUAAAGUCAGCCAGCUCCUGGUCCUGGAGACGAGGUCCACACCCCUUCACCUGUGCCUGCCCCCCUCCAGCCGGGAGACACAGCACCUGCUGGUUGCUUGUGACAAGGGCCUGCUAUGUUUCAACACCCAGCUCAGCAAGACCACUCUCAAGAGGACACCGGAGAUGGAGAUCACGUUUCCCGUGUAUGAAAAAGAGGAUGAGGACAACCAUUACCGCACCAUAGAUGGCUUGGGGUUCCUCACUGAUGAUAUUGUGGUGUCCAAAAGCCACAUGCAGGGUUCCAUCUACCUGUGGAGCUGGAGCCGCACCCGGGCCUCCCGCCCCAACAAGAAGCAGGAGGUGUCUGCCGUGAUCCUAGCGGAGCUGCAAUGGUCCAGCACUGACUUGCCAUACCUGUCUCUUAGCACCUGUCCUGGUGAAGGUUAUGUGGUGUGUGGAGAUGAGAAAGGGGGACUGUGGACAUAUCACCUCACAGACAUUCUAGAAUCUGGAGCCAAGAAAGGAGACGCUAUCUCUCCAACAGAGGUCUUGGAGUGGCCGUCCCCUGUGAGGAAAGGACAGGGCCCUGUGGAAGGGCCUUCCAUCAACAGCGUGGCCAUGGACCCUGAGCUGCGUUACCUGGUGGCCUUGAGUGACAAAAACAUGGCUAUGGUGUGGAGGAGAAUGUAACCCUAUGGAGCUGUGACUGUGUGUC